UGAUUGUUUUGAAAAAUAAUCUUUCUUGAUCUCACAGUUCUUUCACAUUUUUUCCAAUAACUCAUAAAAAUGAUUCUGAAGAAUAUUUCGUCAAUGUUGCUUUCUAAAAGCCCCCACCUCACAGUGCCAAAUCGCCUGUGGCCCUCGAACUCGUUCCGGCUCGAUGGACCGACAGCAGUGCUGUUGGGGGGAAGACAACAUUCGCAAGCAGUGGGGAGCAGCAGCACUUGGAAACGAAUUGAAGGCAUUGCAACACUCACACCAGCAGCAGUAAACCAAACGAAUCAACGACUCCAGCAGAGGCGAUCAGUCUCGAUCGGAACACGUCAACAGGCGGAGAGUGCCAGCAGCAGCAACUCAGCGAUUAAAACACCCAAGAAACGCAAAAUGGUUGCCAAACUGACCGACGCCCAGCGCAAGGAACUGCUCCAACCGCUCCUAGAUGCCGGCUGGACCAUGGCCGCCGCCGGUCGCGACGCCAUCUACAAGGAGUACCUCUUUAAGAACUUCAACGAAGCGUUCGGCUUCAUGACCCGGGUGGCGCUGCUGGCCGACAAGAUGGACCACCAUCCGGAGUGGUUCAACGUGUACAACAAGGUGCAGGUCACGCUGGCCACGCACGAUUGCGGCGGCCUGAGCGAACGGGACGUCAAGCUGGCCACCUUUUUGGAGGAGAUUUUCGGCAAAUAUUGAAGAUUUAGUUGUUAAGCGAGUGAGAUAAUUUUUUUUUGUUAUUCAGUCUGAGAUUGUGAAAACGAAAUAUACAAAAUAAACGUUCUUAAAAGCCUACA